AAUCCUCUGUUCACCAUGAAGGAUUCCUACAUAGUGGAGUCAUGUAGGUAUGCAACGACUUUUGUACUACACCUCUUUUUCUUAUUAUUGCUAUUCUCGCAUUUAACCAUUUGUGAUCCAAUUAAUGUCCCAGAUAAACUUCUUCUAAACUGUGGUUCUUAUGAAACAUCACCAUUCAAUGGAGAAAAUUGGAUAGGAGAUGUUGGUUCUAAUUUCUUGCCUCCAGAGUAUGACAAGAGUUCAUCCACACGCUUGAUCUCAAACAUAGACUCAAUAGCACCAAAAGUUCCAUACUCAACAGCAAGAAUAACACAUNNNUCUCUACUUACCUACUCUUUCCCUUCCUCCCCUGGCCUUAAAUUCAUUCGUGUUUACUUUCUCUCAUCUUCAUAUCUCAACAUGAACCACUUCGAGGCUUAUUUCACUCUAAAAGCUGGUCCUUACACUCUAGUAAGUAAUUUUAAUCCUUCUGUUAUUGCAAAAGAGCUCAACCUGGUGUUUUUCACCAAGGAUUUCUUAGUCAAUGUUAGGGAAGAGAAACUAAACAUUACACUUACUCCAUCUCCUUUAAUUCCCAAUGCAUUUGCCUUUGUAAAUGGCAUUGAGAUAUUCCCAGUUCCCCACAAUAUAUACUUUCAUGGUUCCAAGUUUCCUCUUCCUUACCUUGGCCACCAACAACCUUUAUUCAUUGAUGAUGAAUAUGCUCUAGAGAUGCUUUACCGAGUUAGCAUCACUAAUGACUAUAAUCCUGAUAUUGAAAAUGCUUUUGGAACAUGGUUGAAUGAUUUUCAAUACCUAACUGGUUCUCAAUAUGGAAGUGUCCUUAAUAUAAAAUCUCGUACCGUUAGCAUGAAUUACAGCACUGAGACUUCAAAGGAUUACAAUUAUUCCGCACCGGAAGAGCUAUAUUGGGUUGCCAGGACAAUGGGUAGCAAUGGAGAUGCUAACAUGCAGCACAACUUAACAUGGUCUUUCCCUGUUGAUUUUGGGUUCAAAUACCUUGUUAGGCUUCAUUUCUGUGAGAUCUCUAUGGCGGUAAUGCAGGUCAAUCAAAGAGUGUUCAAGGUGCACAUAAACAACCAAAUAGCAGAAGAGAGGAUGGACGUUGUUGCUUUGGCUGGUGGACCAUUUACUCCUUUAUAUAGGGACUAUGUUGUUAUGGUUCCUACAGAAAAUGGGAGAAGGAAAGACUUGUGGAUCGCACUUCAGCCUAACUUGGAGUCAAAACCAAAAUUUGCAGAUGCCAUACUGAAUGGAAUUGAGAUCAUGAAGUUGAGUGAUAGCAACCAUAGUCUUGCGGCAAUAUUCCCAUUGAAAAUGGAACAAAGGAAGAAGAAAGUUCCACAUGUCAUUAUUGUAGCUAGUACAUUAGGUACUAUUUUAGGACUGCUCUUUACAUUUUUCGUUCUUAUCCGCAGAGUGGGGAAAAAACUGAAAUGGGGAACUUCUAAUAAAAGAAGCCCCAAAAACAUUCAACUGACCGUAAACUCAGGUCAUUGCCAUCGAUUCACAUUAGCAGAGAUGAGCAUAGCCACCAGCAACUUCAGUGAAGCUCUUGUCAUUGGGGAGGGAGGCUUUGGAAAGGUGUACAAAGGCAUCAUGCAUGAUGGAGUUACUCAUGUGGCAGUAAAGCGCUGUAAUCCAAGUUCUCGCCAAGGAUUUAAGGAGUUCCAAAAUGAGAUUAAUUUUUUCUCAUUUUGUCACAUGAAUUUAGUGUCACUGCUUGGAUACUGCCAAGAGGGAAAUGAACUUAUACUUGUGUAUGAAUACAUGGCUCAAGGCCCUCUGUGCGAUCAUUUGUACAAGAAACAAAAACAGACACUUCCUUGGAAUCAAAGACUAAGGAUUUGCGUUGGUGCAGCUCGAGGACUACAUUACCUCCACACUGGCACAAACCACCCAGUGAUUCAUCGUGAUAUCAAGUCAGCCAACAUAUUAUUGGAUCAGAAUUGGAUAGCUAAGAUUGCAGAUUUUGGGUUGUGUAGAACAGUUCCCUCACUUUUCCACUCACAUGUUAGCACUGAGGUUAAAGGUACGUUAGGAUAUUUAGACCCUGAGUACUACAAGAGAAGAAAACUGACUGAAAAAUCUGAUGUGUAUUCAUUUGGAAUUGUUUUGUUUGAAGUACUGUGUGGAAGACCAGCUGUGAAUCCUGUGGCAGUGGAAGAGGAAAGUGAGAAAGCUGGGUUGGCCAUGUGGGCCAUGCACUGUUACCAAUGUGGAAUCAUUGAUCAAUUAGUUGAUCCACAUUUAGACGGGAGUAUUAGGCCAGAAUCCCUGAGGGCAUUUGUGGAUAUAGGCAUCCAGUGCUUAGCUAAUAGAAGUGUAGAUAGGCCAACUAUGGGGGAAGUUCUCAGUACUUUGGAGACGAUUCUUUCCUUGCAGGAUAGUUUAGAGGAACGAGAAAUUGAUACAACUUAAUUUGUACAAUACUAGACUAGAGGAAAUAAAUUCUCACCUUGUCAAAUAGAUUAUAUGAUGAAGAAAGACACCUGAAUGAUGAAGUAAUAGAACUUAUGGAUAGAGUGUCUAAUUUAGUUCUUAACGUUUUAAUACUCAAUGUGAUAAAACAAUAUGAUCGCAUCAUGUAAGAUCAAACUCUCUUUUGUAUCUCUAAUGCUAAUAGGGUUUAUAACAUGAAAUUGACAGUGAUAGGAUAUCCAUACAUA